AUUCCUUCACAAUCCCAAACAAACACUCCUCACAAAAAAAAAAACAUUUUUUUGUUGUGUCAGUUUCCAUGGCGAAGAAGAUACUCGUCACCGGCGGCGCCGGAUACAUUGGCAGUCACACGGUGCUUCAGCUGCUGGAGGGAGGUUACUCCGCCGUCGUUGUCGACAAUCUCGACAAUUCAUCCGCCGUCGCUCUCCACCGCGUGAAGGAACUCGCCGCCGAACACGGCGACAACCUCUCCUUCCACCAGGUGGAUCUCCGUGACAGGCCUGCUCUUGAAAAGAUUUUCUCAGAGACAAAGUUUGAUGCGGUGAUACACUUUGCUGGACUCAAGGCAGUCGGUGAGAGUGUGCAGAGGCCUUUGUUGUAUUAUAAUAAUAACCUGGUUGGAACGAUUACUCUGUUGGAAGUCAUGGCGAAACACGGCUGCAAAAAUCUUGUUUUUUCAUCAUCCGCUACUGUAUACGGUUGGCCAAAGGAGGUUCCUUGCACUGAGGAAUCCCCGAUAUCUGCUUUGAACCCAUAUGGGCGGACAAAGCUUUAUAUCGAGGAAAUCUGCCGUGAUGUAUACCGUUCUGACUCGGAGUGGAAGAUCAUAUUGCUUAGAUACUUCAAUCCUGUCGGGGCGCAUCCUAGCGGUUACAUAGGUGAAGAUCCUCGCGGAAUUCCCAACAAUCUCAUGCCUUUUGUCCAGCAAGUUGCUGUUGGAAGGCGACCUCACCUCACUGUCUUUGGAAAUGACUACAAUACAAAGGAUGGAACAGGGGUUCGGGAUUACAUCCAUGUCGUGGAUUUAGCCGAUGGACACAUAGCUGCUCUGCGAAAGCUAGAUGAUCCCAAGAUCGGUUGCGAGGUUUACAAUCUGGGAACGGGGAAGGGGACAUCCGUCCUGGAAAUGGUGGCCACUUUUGAGAAGGCAUCAGGAAAGAAAAUCCCUCUCGUGAUCGCCGGACGCCGUCCAGGAGAUGCUGAAGUUGUCUACGCCUCAACGGCAAGAGCAGAAGCCGAGUUGAAUUGGAAGGCCAAGUAUGGGAUCGAGGAGAUGUGUCGGGACUUAUGGAACUGGGCAAGCAAGAACCCUCUCGGCUACGACUCAUCUCCAGCCUCCACCAAUUAACUCUCCCCUUUUUUCAUUACUGUAAUUUAUUAUUAUUAUUAUUAAACAUGUAUUAUCUACACACAUUUAAACAGAAAACAAAGGCAUAAUAAUAAGCAGUCAGAUUUAGGAACACCUUUCAAAUCGAUCGGUCUAAUAUAUUCACGGUUUGGAUUGGUAUUACUCUAUGCAGUUCUUUUUCCGGUUCGCUCUCUGUAAUUUUAUUUUACUUUCUUUUAUUCUGUUGAUGUAUAAAUUUCUUUACGAUUUGUCUUGGUGAAAAUCUUAUGGUGGUUUCUUUUGCCUUUC